AGAAACAAGGAAGAAACCAGAGAAACAACAAAAUCAAAUUCCCACCGGUGUCGGUUGAAUGCCUCAAGUGCUCUGGAAUAAAUAUUUUUUCUUUAAUAAUUUCUUAAUAAAUUCGUCCGCCACCACGGCAUACAAAUAUUAAAAAAUGGUAGUUUGGACUCGGUUGUACCGCUUGUCGGCAAUAACCGCUGGGGCAGGAGCAGGACUUGCCACCUACUACUACCACAAAAUCUCCGAAAAGGAAAACGUGGUUCAUAAUUCCUGGACUACCAUUGACCACAAACUCAUUAAUCCGUGUUCAAUUUGGAACAAAGACUGGGACUGCCGUGAUCCCAAAAGUCUAGUCCGUCCACCCAAAAAUGAUUCGGUUGAAGAACAGAAUCGUUAUAACGCAGCCAUUGAGGCAUGCCGACCAAAAGCAACCAGACAUAUCAUUUUAGUGCGACAUGGGGAAUACUUAGAUGCAGGAGAAGAGGAUGACACCCACCAUCUUACUGCCAGAGGCCGAGCACAGGCCACAUUAACUGGAAAACGAUUAAAAGAACUCGAUUUACCCUGGGAUACUGUUGUAGCAUCGACAAUGGUCCGAGCGCAAGAGACGGCAAAUUUAAUUCUCAACGAAAUCGACUUCGAUUCGAAGAAGAAGAAAAACUGUCCAUAUCUUCGGGAAGGUGCCCCAAUUCCACCACAACCACCUGUUGGACAUUGGAAGCCGGAAUCAUCGUUCUUUCGCGACGGCGCCAGGAUUGAAACUGCAUUUAGAAGGUAUUUUCAUCGAGCCAAUGUAAACCAGGAGCACGACUCUUACACAAUGAUUGUUGGCCACGGUAAUGUUAUUCGUUAUUUCGUGUGCAGAGCGUUGCAGUUUCCUUCCGAAGCUUGGUUGCGAUUGAGCAUAAAUCAUGCUUCAAUUACUUGGUUGUCAAUUGGGCCAACAGGACGUGUGACAAUCAAAACCCUCGGUGAUUCUGGACACAUCCCGGCCAACUUACUUACAUUUAAAAUUCCAAGAGAUUCAGGAAAGUUUGUCUGAGAGCUGUUUUUGGUUCGGUUGGAGAAGACAAAAAGUCUAAUUAGCGAUUCAAAGUUUGAAUGGAUAAUGCCUACGGGCACCUUGUUAUUUUCACUUAAAUAAAAUGGUUUUCAAAUUAACUUUUUAAUACAAUAA